AUGGCUGGAGGUCGUAGCCCCAUUACCUGCCAUGUGCUCGAUUCGUCCUGCGGCAAGCCCGGAAACAAUGUCCCCGUCAAGCUCGAGAUGCUCAACCCUGCCGCCAACAACGCCUGGGCCUCCGUCGCCUAUGGAUUGACCGACUCAGAUGGUCGUGUCGGCACCUUGCUGGACCCCUCGCACCAAUUGGUCGCCGGAAUCUACCGCAUGACCUUCCAGACUGCCGAGUACUGGACUGCCAAGGGCGUCACCGGUUUCUUCUACCCCUACGUCCAGAUCAUUUUCGAGGUCGCCUCCGGUGCCGAGAAGCAGCACUACCACAUCCCAUUGCUCCUUAGCCCUUACUCCUACACCACCUACCGCGGAUCAUAG